AUGAGCGUGGCGCUGCGGAACGUACAGCGCGCUGUGCCCCUGCGCCGAGCUCCGCUCCGCCGCACCGUCUGCGCCCUGCGCGCCGCCCUGGGCGCCUCCCGCUUCGACGUGGGGCUGGUCUGCGCUGGCAACGCGUUAAUGCAGCGUCUGAACGGCGACUACCGACACUGCCCGGAGCCCACCGACGUCCUCUCCUUCCCGUUGCACCAAGUGGCAGCGGGAGAGCUGCCGCGGCCGCGCUGCCGCGACGAGUACAACCUGGGGGAUAUCUUCCUGGGGGUGGAAUACAUCCACCAGCAGUGCCGCGAAACCGGGGAGGAUUUUGACGAUAUUCUAACGGUGACCGCAGCCCACGGAUUGUGCCACUUGCUCGGCUACCGGCACGACACGAAACCCGAGUGGGAGCAGAUGUACCAGAAGGAAGCGCAAAUCCUGGAGGAGCUGAAUCGCCUCACAGGCUCCCGCCUGCGGCCCCUCACCGCCGGCCUCUUCUAAGAGACCGAGAGGGGC